CUGGGUUCUCUCCUCGGCCCCCUUCCCCGUCGGGGCGUUCCUCCGACCCGCUGCUCCAGAAUCAGCACCUCGGGGAGAGACGGCCCGCCCUCCACCCUAAGCUCUUCGCUCCCUGCCUGGCCCCGUCGUUGUCGUCGCCAUGGCGGCGGCCAUGGUUCCCGGCCGGCUGUCCGGACGGCCGACUGGCUGUGCCCUUCGUAGGAUGAGCGGCUCGCCGGGGGCCACCUGUUCCACGUUCUUCCGACAGCUGGGCAGCAGGAUGCAGGGCAUGGGCUGCAGUGGGCACAGCCCGGUCUCCGGGUCCAGGAUCUACACGUGGCUGCUGGGGGCGCUCUUUGUGGCUCUGGGCUCAAGUCGCAUCCUCCUCACGAAGCUUUCAGCCAACAAAGAGAACAAGUAUGACUACCUUCCCACCACUGUGAACGUAUGCUCAGAGCUGGUGAAACUGGUGCUGUGUACUCCGGUGGCACUCUGGGUGGUCAGCAAGGAGGGCCGUCCGUGCCGAGCUUUGACGUGCAGUUCCUGGAAGGAACUUGGAAACUACCUCAAAUGGGCCAUUCCUGCCUUCCUUUACUUUCUGGACAAUCUGAUUGUCUUCUAUGUGCUGUCCUACCUCCAGCCAGUCAUGGCCGUGCUGUUCUCAAACUUUAGCAUUAUCACCACUGCUCUUCUGUUCAGAAUCGUGCUCAAGCGGCAUCUCUCUUGGGUGCAGUGGGCUUCCCUGCUGGUCCUGUUUCUCUCCAUCGUGGCCCUGACCGCGGGCCCCGGAGGCACCUCGCCCACGCCCAACCCAGUGGGGCCCGGGAUUCACCACGACGCCCUCACCCACCCGUCGGACUCCUGCCUCCUGCCGGUGGAGCCUGGGGGGUCAUGCCUUGGGAAUGCCACCUGCCCCCCAAGAGAGUGGUCUCUCAUCCCGGCCCAGUGGAACGACACGGCCGGGUUCCUGCGCCACAUGCGCGUCAGCCUGGGCCACGCGCUCAUCGUGGCUCAGUGUUUCAUUUCCUCCCUGGCCAACAUCUACAACGAGAAGAUAUUAAAGGAGGGGGGCCAGCUCACCGACAACAUCUUUGUCCAGAACAGCAAGCUGUAUGUCUUCGGCACCUUCUUCAACGGGCUGACGCUGGGCCUGCGAGCCGACAGCCGCAGCAGGAUCGAGCGCUGCGGGCUGUUCCACGGCCACAACGCAUUCUCGGUGGCCCUCAUCUUCAUCACGGCCCUCCAGGGCCUCUCGGUGGCCUUCAUCCUCAAGUUCCUGGACAACAUGUUCCACAUCCUGAUGGCCCAGGUCACCACGGUGAUCAUCACCGCGGCUUCCAUUUUGGCAUUUGACUUCAGGCCCUCCCUGGCGUUCUUCCUGGAGGCCCCCACCGUGCUCCUCUCCAUAUUCAUCUACAACGCCAGUCAGCCCGGCGAACCGCUGCCGGGCGGCCCCCGGCGAGAGCGGGUCCAAGAGGGAACUGGCCACCUCUGGGAGCGCUCCAGCGGGGACGGAGAAGAGCUGGAGAGACUGACGAAACCGAGCAGCGACACUGACUCGGAUGAAGACAUCCUGUAACCUGCCCGGGAAUUCCAGGGAUCCAAGGCGAAAAAUGCUGGAUGUUGAAGCUGUUGCUUCUUCGGGUUGGGCCCAGAAACCGGAUAGUGGAAGGGCCCUCUUCCAAUAUUGCUGCGAAACUCCGUCUUGUUUCUAGGACAAGAGUUUCUUGAAUUCCAGACAAUACGGGGAGGCCACCAGGAGUCUGGGCCGAUGAAAUGGACCCCUCUGAGCCAAAUGACCUCCCAAGAGAAGUCCCACAGACUUCAGCCCUCCCCAACAUAAAACCCUCCUGAAAUUCCAUCUUUUCCAGGAGGCCUUCCCACAUUAAUUCUACUCCCCAGUCAUAGUCUCAGGACAUUUGUGCCAUCUCCCUCUUGUGCCCCUACAAACACCAGCAGCACUUGGGUACAUAUCAACUUGCAGACUCUUACUAUUUCAACAGUUUCUUACCCACAUAUCCAUCUUACCAUUUUCUUCUUCCAUAAAUCAUUUUGUAGCGGUCUUCCGCCUUAGAUUUUCAGCUCCUCCAGAGGAGGGUUCAUGGCUUCUAUCUCAUUCGCCUCCCCCAGGAGUGCUACACAAAGUAGACACUCAGUAAAUACCACUGAGUGUCGAUUGACUAGAAAGCCACGGGAAAGAGGGAAGAAACCACGAAUGCAAUAAUAGCGGCAGGAUCCAGGGUAAGAAGAAAGUAAAGAAUUGAUCCUGCUGCCUGCCAGCCUGCCCUUCUCACCCUCCACCCUCCUGUCUGCACACCAUCCACUUGCCUGCCUACCUCCCUUCCACCCACCCACCCCCCUGCCUGCCUCCUUUCCGCCUACUGCCUGUCUGCCCGCUGCUGAGAGAUGUUCAUAUAAAUGCUACUUAGACAAAGAGAGGUCACAGAACCCACCCUGAAAGAGCCUCUGUAAAUCAGGUAAACCACUGGGCAGACAGAGAGCAAACUGCCCUCUGUGAACACAAGCCCAAAAACCGCUUUCCUGAGACGACAGCAACUUUGAAAAGCCAAAAGGAGUUUUGAAGUUAGUCGGGAACAAGUUCUUCCCUUGCUCUGCCCUUCCCAGCCUGCCAACUCCAAUAAGGUGUUUGGGUCCUCUGACGAUCUAUUUCAGGCAGGCAGAGUCAACAAGACCAGCGUCGACGGCAGCUUCGAAAACACACGGACACACAAUACUUCCUCCUUCAGAUGGCGGAGAAAGCAAAGCCUUGAAAUCAGAGGCCUCAAACGCUGGCUUUGACAGUGAGGGCUCCAGUAUUUUGAGGGGAACCAUUAAGCCUCUAGGCUAGCACGGUGAAAAAUAAAAAUCAGCUGCUAGAACCUACCCCACUGAACCCACCCCACAGAACCCUGGUUUUCCACUGAAACUCAGACUUGACGUGUUGCCAUUUCGGUGUGUUUCCAUUAGAGUUGCCAACUGCUGAGAAUGAUUUUUCGAACAGACUGAAUAAAAAUGA